UAGGACAAGAAAUUGAAUUCAAUUCAAACUAGGACCAUCUUCUCCGUCGCUCCCACCUCUCUUUCCUCCUCCGCCACCGAUCUUCUUCCUUGUCUUCAACAAGACGAAACAUUUCCAGUUUCUACUACUCAGUCAUUCAGUCACCAACUCGGUGAGUGGACUCAACUCAAUCAAUGGCGUCUUCCUCGCGAGCAAGGAGCAGCUCGCCAUUUUCACACCGAAAACCCUCGACUCCUUACUCUUCCACUUCUUCCUCUUCCUCCUUCAUCACCGGAGGAAGGUUAAUGCCUCGCUCCAGCACUUCCUCGACAUCGUCGUUUUUCAACCCCGGAGGCCGAUCCACCACUCCGAGUCGCGGUCGCAGCGAGUCAACGUAUCACGGUUCGCGCGGUUACGCUGAACAUUCUCCAGUCGCGUUCGCGGCGGAGGAGCUGAUUUCGGAGCCUCUGGAUGCUUCCAGGUCCGGGGAUAGCAUUUCGGUGACGAUUCGGUUUCGGCCAUUGAGUGAGAGGGAGUAUCAGAGAGGGGACGAGAUUGCGUGGUAUGCUGAUGGUGAUAAAAUUGUCAGAAAUGAGUAUAAUCCAGCUACUGCUUAUGCAUUUGAUAAAGUUUUUGGACCACAUACCAUUUCAGAAGAGGUGUAUGAAGUCGCAGCUAAACCUGUGGUGAAGGCUGCUAUGGAGGGCAUCAAUGGAACGGUGUUUGCCUAUGGUGUGACGAGUAGUGGUAAGACGCAUACUAUGCAUGGAGAUCAAAAUUCUCCUGGUAUCAUACCAUUGGCUAUAAAGGAUGUUUUCAGCAUGAUCCAAGAUACUCCAGGAAGAGAAUUCCUGCUCCGGGUGUCAUAUCUAGAAAUAUAUAACGAGGUGAUAAAUGAUUUGCUUGACCCAACUGGUCAAAACUUGCGAGUUAGAGAAGAUGCACAGGGAACUUAUGUGGAGGGUAUGAAGGAAGAAGUUGUUUUAUCUCCUGGACAUGCACUUUCUUUUAUUGCUGCUGGAGAAGAACAUCGUCAUGUUGGAUCGAACAAUUUUAAUCUAUUUAGCAGCCGGAGUCACACAAUAUUUACACUGAUGAUAGAAAGCAGUGCCCAUGGUGAUGAUUAUGAUGGAGUGAUCUUCUCUCAGCUUGUAUGUAAAAACUAUUUAUUACAUCAAUUAUUUUUUUUCCAUGUUUAUACAUAUUGGAUGAAGAUUUUAUUAUUUCCUUGUUUCUUCUUUCAGAACUUGAUUGAUUUGGCUGGAUCUGAAAGCUCAAAAACCGAAACAACUGGAUUAAGAAGAAAAGAAGGAUCUUACAUCAACAAAAGUCUUCUGACACUUGGAACUGUUAUAGGAAAACUGAGCGAGGGAAAGGCAUCUCAUGUUCCAUAUCGAGAUUCAAAGCUAACCCGCCUCCUGCAAUCUUCUCUUAGUGGGCAUGGCCAUGUUUCACUUAUAUGCACAGUAACUCCAGCAUCCAGUAAUAUGGAGGAAACUCAUAAUACCUUGAAGUUUGCUAGCAGGGCAAAAAGAGUAGAAAUAUAUGCAUCACGUAAUAAGAUUAUUGAUGAAAAGUCUCUGAUCAAGAAAUACCAAAGAGAAAUUUCUGUCCUCAAACUUGAACUUGAUCAACUAAAAAAGGGGAUUCUUGUUGGUGUCAAUCAUGAGGAGAUUUUGACCUUAAAGCAGAAGUUGGAAGAAGGUCAAGUAAAAUUGCAAUCAAGAUUGGAAGAGGAGGAGGAUGCCAAGGCUGCUCUUUUGAGUAGGAUCCAGAGGCUAACCAAACUCAUUCUGGUUUCCUCGAAGAAUGCAAUUCCUGGAUAUCUGACUGACAUUCCUAGCCACCAGCGAAGUCUCUCGGUUGGUGAGGAAGAUAAAAUUGAUUCCUUGCGUGAAGGUCUGUUGAUUGAAAAUGGGAGCCAAAAAGAUGCUUCUGCAGGGUCAUCACAUGUAUUUCAUGAUGCUAGACAUAAAAGAUCAUCAGGUAGAUGGAAUGACGAGUUUUCCCCUACUAGCAGUACAAUUACUGAAGCAACCCAAGCUGGGGAACUGAUCAGCAGAACAAAACUGGCAGCGGGUGGGAUGACAAUGUCUGAUCAGAUGGAUCUUCUUGUUGAGCAAGUCAAGAUGCUAGCUGGAGAUAUUGCUUUCAGUACCAGCACUCUGAAGCGUCUGACAGAGCAGUCUGUAAAUGAUCCUGAAGGCUCAAAAACCCAGAUUGAGAACUUAGAACGUGAGAUCCAAGAAAAAAGGAAGCAAUUGGAAAUGUUAGAACAACGAAUAAAUGAGACUGGUGAAUCUUCAUUGGCAAAUUCAUCACUAGUUGAAAUGCAGCAGACUGUCUCAAGAUUGAUGACUCAGUGUAAUGAAAAAGCCUUUGAGCUGGAGAUAAAAUCUGCUGACAAUCGUGUCCUUGAGGAACAGCUAAAUGAUAAGUGUUCUGAAAACAGAGAGUUGCAAGAAAAGGUGAAGCUGCUAGAGCAGCAACUGGCAGCAGUUACUAGUGGCACAUCUUUAUUGUCUACUUCACAGUGUGCAUCCGAUGAACACAUUGACGAGUUGAAAAAGAAAAUACAAUCCCAGGAAAUUGAAAAUGAAAAUCUGAAGCUGGAACAAGUUUACUUGUCAGAAGAGAAUAGUGGGUUGCGUGUGCAGAAUCAGAAACUUUCUGAAGAAGCUUCUUAUGCUAAAGAAUUAGCCUCUGCUGCUGCUGUGGAGCUAAAGAAUUUGGCUGGGGAAGUGACAAAGCUUUCAUUGCAGAAUGCAAAGUUGGAAAAAGAAUUGAUGGCGGCCCGAGACCUGGCCAACUCUCGUAGUGCUGCAGUGCUAACGGCUAAUGGUGUCAACCGUAAGUACAAUGACACAAGAUCCGGGAGGAAGGGGAGGGUUUCUUGUCGUGCUAAUGAAAUUUCGGGAGCUGGUCUGGAUGACUUUGGGUCAUGGAGUCUUGACGCUGAGGAUUUGAAGAUGGAGCUUCAGGCUAGGAAACAACGAGAGGCAGCUCUUGAGGCUGCAUUAUCUGAGAAAGAAUAUGUGGAAGAGGAGUACAGGAAAAAGGCUGAAGAGGCCAAGAAAAGAGAAGAAGCAUUGGAGAAUGAUUUAGCAAAUAUGUGGGUCCUUGUUGCGAAGUUAAAAAAAGGAGGUGCUGUCCCAGAAUCAAAUAUUGACAAAAAAUAUGAUGGUGCAGAAAAUAUAAAUGAUCGAAAAACUAAUGGCAUUGAAAGUAAUAAUGUUCCCAAGGAGCAGCUUUUGGAUGUAUCAAAGCCAGAUGAUGGAAUUCCUAAGGAAGAACCCUUGGUUGUUCGCCUCAAGGCACGCAUGCAAGAGAUGAAGGAAAAAGAACUCAAGUACAUUGGGAAUGGCGAUGCCAAUUCCCAUGUUUGUAAAGUAUGCUUUGAAUCACCAACUGCAGCUAUUCUUCUUCCAUGCCGACAUUUUUGUUUGUGUAAAUCGUGCUCACUUGCUUGUUCUGAGUGCCCAAUAUGCCGCACAAAUAUUACAGAUAGGCUUUUUGCUUUUACAUCUUGACCCUAUUGACAGAGGGCUCUAUCCCAUUGAGUUAAUACAUUCCAUGCCAUUACGGGUCCAAUUCUUUCAUUAGUUUGCCUGUAUGUAAAACCAUUUAAAAGGUAUAUCAAUAUCUUCUUUCUUUUAUACCGCCCCUGGGGAACUGUAUAAUAGUGCGAGACAAAGGGGUGCGGAGAAAGAAUGUAAAAAGGGGAAGGGUGUAAACAGCACUCCCAAGUACAUAUGAUGUAUGUUUGUUCUACGUAAUAGAGUAUACUUUUCUUGUGAAAAAUACUAAAUGUUACGAUAAGGAACACAAGGAAUGGUAAUGAUUUCCCACCUC